AUGCCUCUCACGAGGCAGACCCGCCGCCCUGGCGACGGCGCAAGGAGAGACUUGACAAGGAGCUCCGGCAGGAAAAGGAGGAGCGGCGGGACCGCGAGCUGCAGCAGGAGGAGCACGGCCGUUCCGUCCCGGCAGUGGCAAGCCCAGAGGCGCAGGCCUCAAGCCCUCCACUGA